AUGGCCCCCAGCACCGUGGCCGUGGAGCUGCUUAGCCCCAAAGAGAAGAACCGACUGCGGAAGCCGGUGGUGGAGAAGAUGCGGCGAGACCGCAUCAACAGCAGCAUCGAACAGCUGAAGCUGCUGCUGGAGCAGGAGUUCGCGCGGCACCAGCCCAACUCCAAGCUGGAGAAGGCGGACAUCCUGGAGAUGGCCGUCAGCUACCUGAAGCACAGCAAAGCCUUCGCCGCCGCCGCCGGCCCCAAGAGCCUGCACCAGGACUACAGCGAGGGCUACUCGUGGUGCCUGCAGGAGGCCGUGCAGUUCCUCACGCUGCACGCCGCCAGCGACACGCACAUGAAGCUGCUCUACCACUUCCAGCGGCCCCCGGCCGCGCCCGCCGCGGAGCCCAAGGCGCCGGGCGCCGCGCCGCCGCCCGCGCUCUGCUCCGCCAAGGCCGCCGCCGCCGCGCGCCAGCCGCCCUGCGGCCUCUGGCGGCCCUGGUGA